AUGGCCUUCGGUAUUUCCCACGGCCUCGUGGCCUUCGGUAUUACCGAGGGCUUUAAGGCCCUCGGUAUUACCGAGGGCCACAAGGCCGUCGGUAAGGUUUCCGACAAGCAAAUUACCGACGGCUUAGGAGCCGUCGACAAGCCGUUGCUUGACUUUUGGAAAGAACUUGUAGAUGUUGUAAAGAGAGCUUACAGUAAAACUUAUUCUAAUAUUUUAGAGAUGUCGAGUGAAUUAGGUAGAGGAGGUUCAACUGCAGUUACAACCAUAUUAGUCAAUUGUCAAAAGUUAAUAGUAGCCAACAUUGGGGAUUACAGGGUUGUCUUAUGCAAGAAGGGUGUGGCCAAAGAAUUAUCAGUGGAUCAUGAGCCAAACACGGAGUAUGAAGAUAUAAAAAAUAGCGGUGGUUUUGUAUCAAACUUUCUAGGGGAUGUUCCACAGGUUGAUGGACGACUGACUGUGUCAAGGGCUUUUGGUGACAAAAGCUUGAAGAAACAUUUGAGUUCAAAGCCAUUUGUGACAGUGGAGAAUAUAAAUGUUAUCUAUAAAUCAUUAAACAAGUAA